AUGGACGAAAAUCAACAACAACCGCCUUCCAAGGUUGGCAGUCCCACGCGGGACAACCAAACAACAAUAGAAGGUGAAAGAUUGAAUAUAGAUGAUACUCUAGUAGAAAUUAACAAAAAUAUGAGUACGAUGGCCAGUAUUCUUGCAAAAAUUCACACCCAAGGAGAAUCAACUGGCCAAAACAACUCAAACAAGCCUCCACGAGAGGAUGAACUCAGUCUUUACGCUGCGGAUAGCGCAGACGACUUAGCGAAAUUAACAGCGUCCAUGCAGCCACAAGGCGCAGGAGAUGAUGGGGGCGGUAACGCCGACGGCGUAUCCCAAAUACUAGAUGACUUAGCGAAGUCCUUUGGCGAUGAUACUGGCGAAAAAAGUCCAGAUAUACAGCCAAAGUUGGCUGAAAUUAUCACAAAACGUUGGGGCAAAAAACUGACCCCUGAAAAAUUGAAAGGGUUGUUAGAUAAAUAUAACUCACCGGGAAACUGCCCAUCGCUAAUUUGCCAAAAAGUCAACCCGCAAAUCUGGAACACACUAAGUCAGGGCACGAAAAAGUAUGAUGUUCACCUGUAUAAUCUACAAGAAACAAUCAUUAAAGCAGUGUUUGCUUCCUUACAAACAACCAGUACCCUAGUCCUUAGCGAUCUGGGUACAGACCACGCACAAUUAAUGGGGCAAUCAAUUGAUUCCCUUGCUAUGUUAGCACAUGCUCAUGCACAAUUGACACAACUGAGGAAAAAUCAAAUCAGACCAUCACUGAAGGCAGAGUACUCAGCAAUUUGCUCCUUAGACGAAAACCAAGAGAGUAAGUUUUUGUUUGGGGAUGACUUACCCAAAGUCCUUAAGGAAGCAAAAGAAUCAAACUAUCUUGACUAUUCAUGCAAAGUAUUUAAAGCUGGCCAAGUGGCCAAACAUAUGGAUGCCUGGGUAGGCAUCACUAAUGACAAAGAGAUUUUAAAGAAUGUUCAGGGUGUGGAGAUAGAUCUGAUUGAGUUACCAAGCCAAACCAAAGCCCCAGUAUCAAAGUUCCAACCUCAUGAAUUCCAUCUAGUUGACGAAGCUGUUACUAAGCUUGUCAAAAAAGAUGCUGUAAGAGAAGUAACCCCAUCAAAGGGGCAAUAUGUUUCAAAAAUAUUCUUAAGACCAAAAACAGAUGGGACACAUAGACUCAUACUAAACCUAAAACAGUUCAAUGAAUCUGUUGUAUAUACACAUUUCAAAAUGGACUCAAUACAAACAAUCAUUAGAUUAGUAGAAAAAGACUGCUACAUGGCUACUUUGGAUUUAAAGGAUGCAUAUUACUCCAUUCCAGUAAAGAGAAAUGACCAAAAAUUUCUACAAUUUGAAUGGAAAGGAAUAAAAUACCAAUUCACUUGUUUACCAAAUGGUCUGUCUAGUGCACCCAGAACAUUCACUAAAAUAUUGAAACCAGUUUUGGCUACUUUGCAUAAAAUGGGGCAUAUCUCAACAGUGCAUAUUGAUGAUUGUUAUUUACAGGGAAAAACGUAUGAUCAAUGCAUAGUUAAUGUGAUUGAUUCGGUCAUAUUGUUUGACUCUUUGGGGUUUGUUGUGCACCCAACAAAAUCUGUCCUAACCCCUUCGCAAGAAAUAGUAACUCUAGGUUUCCUUAUAAAUUCGGUUGAAAUGACAAUCCGACUCACAAGAGAUAAAGCCCUGGACCUUAAACAGGAGUGCCAGACACUUCUUAAAUCAGAAAAAUCAAAACCUAUCAGGGAAGUUGCCAAGGUAAUUGGAAAAAUUGUAGCAAGCUUUCCUGGGGUAAUGUACGGACCUCUGUACUACCGGUAUUUAGAACGAGACAAAAGCCAAGCACUAAAGUCUGAGAAAGGAAAUUUUGAUGCACAUAUGGUUUUUUCUCCAAAAGCAAAAUCAGAAUUAAACUGGUGGGUGGCCAAUGUAACCACAGCCUACCAGAGACUUGAAAGGGAAGCUCCCCAAAGCACAAUUUAUACGGAUGCUUCACUAUCGGGAUGGGGUGCAGAAUUUCAAGGGAAUGCGACUGGGGGGAACUGGACAGAGGCAGAAUCCAAAAUGCACAUAAAUUAUCUGGAAAUGUUAGCAAUUUAUUUAGGUCUGAAGACCUUUUUAUCUAAAAAAGUAAGAUUGCAUAUCAGAAUUAUGUGCGAUAAUACAAGUGCCGUCAGUAUCCUAAAUCAUAUGGGAACUAGCCAUUCAGACCCAUGCAAUGAACUUACAAAAUUAAUCUGGGAAUGGUGCAUACAUAGGAAAAUAUGGAUAAGCACUGUGCAUAUCCCAGGCAAGAAUAAUAUAGUAGCGGAUAUUGAAUCACGUAGAGAUAAAAAAGAGUCAGAAUGGAUGCUAAAUAAAGCAUCAUUGUCCGAUGCUUUGGAAAAUCUCAGAGCAGCACCAAACAUAGAUUUAUUUGCCUCUCGAAUAAACAAACAAUUCAACAGAUAUGUCUCGUACCGCCCAGACCCUGAUGCGGAGUGUGAUACCGGAAAUGCUAACAAAAAUUCAAAAGGACAAGGCAGAGGGAAUAGCAGUAAUACCAGAUUGGCCGACCCAAUGUUGGUACGCGAAGGCCUACAAACUAAUGAAGCAAAAACCCGUCCACUUGAAGAGAAGCAAAACCUUACUAAUAUUACCAUCCCACCUCAACGAGAUCCACCCAAUAUGGCAGAAACUAAAUCUAAUGGUGUGUCGAUUAUCCGGGAAAGCCUAGACAGAUAUGAAUUAUCAAAGACAGCAAAAGAUAUUCUUGAAGCCUCUUGGAGAUUAGGCACAAGCAGACAAUAUCAAACAUACCUGAGUAAAUGGCAAGAAUAUUGCAAGGAACGUCGUUUAGAUAGAUUUGCACCGGGAAUAGAGAAUACUGUUGAAUUUUUAGUCUCAUUAUAUACAUCAGGACUGGGUUAUAGUGCCAUUAAUACGGCGCUAUCAACAAUAUUAAUGUUGGAAAAUGGGAUCAAAUUCGGAGAACACCCCUUAGUAUGCAGAUAUAUGAAAGGAAUAUUCCAACUUAGACCAGCGUUACCAAAGUACACCCAGAUAUGGGAUGUGAAUGUUGUAUUAACUUAUUUGAAGACAUUCGCAGAAACAACGUCACUGUCAAUAAAGGAUCUCACAAUUAAGCUCAAUAUAUUACUUUUCCUUACCACUGGGCAGAGAGGACAAACAAUUCACCUAAUAAAUGUAAACUACAUACAAGAGUUACCGAAUGGCUACAGGAUUACAAUCCAGGAAAAGUUAAAACAAACUAAGCCAGGAAAACAUCUAAAACCACUGGAGCUUUUGAACUUCCCAGAGGAGCCAAAACUUAGUGUAACCCUACAUCUUAAGGAAUACUUAAAGAAAACAAGUUCGUAUAGAGGAGGUCAUACCCAGUUACUAUUAAGUUAUGUUAAGCCUUUUAAACAGGUGACAAAAGAAACUCUAUCCAGAUGGGUAAAGAAAGUGUUAAGUUCAGCUGGAAUAGAUAUGGAUAGCUAUUCACCACACAGUACUCGUGCGGCAUCAACGUCCAAAUGUAGAGUUAAGGGGCUGCAAUUGGAUGAAAUCAUGAAAACUGCAGGGUGGACAAAUGCAGGAACAUUUGCUAGAUUUUAUAACAAACCUAUAGAAAGCAAGACAAUAAACUUUAGCAAAUCUUUGUUACAGAUGUAA